UAUCUUCGAUAUAGUAGCUGUGAGUUAGUAUACAAAAACUGAUGUGAUUGUUUACAUAGUGUUGUGGCACUUUGCAGCAUUUGGUAACUGAUACAUAUUAUUGUGAUGUGAAGGUUACCGGUUAAUAAAGCAAGUCUGUGUUGGAACGUCGUGAAGAUGUAUAAGACGUCAGAUAAGAAUGAAGAUAGUUCUGUCAAGUUGAAUUAUGUCUGUAGGAACAUUGUCGACUGCAAACAGGGAACGGUGAGAGCUGUGCGUUUCAAUGUUGAUGGUUCCUACUGCUUGACAUGUGGUGCAGACCGUACUUUAAAACUGUGGAACCCGCACAGGUCACUACUACUGAAGACAUAUUUGGGACACGGAGGGGAGGUCUAUGAUGCAGCAGGGUCUUGUGACAACAGCCAGCUGUGCUCUGGAGGCGGUGAUCGCAUAGUGGUGCUGUGGGACGUGGCAACAGGAAGGCCCCUCCGACGUCUCCGUGGACACGCAGGUCGCAUCAACUGUAUCCGUUUCAAUGAGGAAUCCAGUAUCAUUGUCUCUGGAUCACAGGACUGCACUGUGCGUUGCUGGGACAUCCGUUGUCGGCAGACACGUGAUGCCGAGAUGGUCUUGGCAGAAUCUUCAGAUGCAGUGACAUCACUGUUCGUCACUGACCAUGAGAUAGUGACAGGAUCACUGGACGGAAGGGUACGGCGGUACGACGUACGAGCUGGUGAACUUGUCACAGACUGUGUUGCCCAGCCGGUGACGUGUGUCAGUCAAACACGGGACGGACAGUGUGUCGUGGUGAGUGGCGCAGAUUCUACGGUCAGGUUGCUGGACAGGGACACAGGGGAGCUUCUCGGAGAGUACCGUGGCCACGACGUGUCUGGCUUUACGACGGAGAGCUGUGUCGAUAAUACGGACCGCCACGUGCUGUCCGGGUCAGCCGAUGGCCACGUGUACUGCUGGGACUUAGUGCGUGAGAAGCUGACGGAGACACUGGUGCACGGAGAGGUGAAAGGCAGUGCUAGUGUCGUGUCUUCCCUGAGCCCACACCCACUGCGGUCUGGCCUGCUGUCAGCUGCUGGAGGCACAGUCAAGUUGUGGGGGCCAGAAGAAAGCCCAGACGAUGCAGACGAGGUGUGACCCGAUGCAAGGGUUCAACACUUUUGAUUAAACUGAUUUCUGUUUUAAACUGAUUCUGAUUAAUUACUACCCUGUACAUAAAUGUUUAAUAUUUAACUGAGUACCUAGCAUCGGGUUUCUCAGUGUCAAAAUCAGUGUUGAUGGCAGCACUGUACGAGUACAAAACCAAGUUCAUUAAUAUUAAACUCUGAGAUUACCACUUAAUAAAAUAAUUUUCACACAUUAAAAUACUAAUGUUGAUUUUGUGGAAAUGACAAGAAUAUCCAUUUAUUUAUUGAAAGUGUGACAUAUUGUGUGUGAACUGAGAACUAUAAUAUGGCACAUGGACUGCCCAGUUCUGUCCACUAGCAGUGGAGAGACUUUGUGCUUUAGCGAUCUGCAGGUGUUCAUUGUCAGCUGUGCAGAGUACUGUUAGCCGGUGUUGACUGCGUUGUCUUCUUUUUUUCUGAGCUGUGGUGCCACUGUCUGUGUGUUGUUAAGCUAUUUUUUGUGAUUUUUUGGAAAAUGAUGAUUGAGUUAGUUGGUGGCCUAUUGCUGGUGUUCCUUCUACUGAAGUAUGGAAAAGGAAGCCACUUAUCAGGAGCAGUUCAGGAAAAUGGUGUUGAAAAUUGUGAAGUGAUGUGAUGCUGAGAAAACUGAAAAAGAACUGUUACCUCUUGCAGUCUUCCCUCAGAGCGAUGACUUAGACUUGCGAGAGUCUGUGUAGUGUUGCUGUAAUUUGUGAGUGUGCAGGAAUCACCCAGAUGUAUCUGCAAGAAUUCCUGGCAAGAAGCAGUUAAUUUCAGUUACAGGUCAAUUAAAGAGUAAUUUGAAACAGCUCUGCAUAUGAUCCUAAUUACAUUAAAAUGUGUCCUCUUGAUACUGGCACAGCACUUCGCAUAGAAUGACAGAUGCAUACAAUGACUAGUAGUACAUUUUGACCCAUUUUUGUAAAGGUUCAUUUUUGAAUGCAGUUUCAGUUCCUAAAAUCUCUUUUUGUUCCCUUCAUCUCAGAACACAUAGCAGGGAAAGUGUCACAGUUGUUGCAACAAAUGUGUCAUCAGGCUCACAAUGGAAGAGUUCUGUAAUAUGCAAAACGUAAUGCCCACUGUGCAUAAAUUUCAUGCCAGUUCUUCAACAGAAAAUGGACUGGAAAUGGAUUACCAUCUCCCUGACCCAAAUGUUGGAUUGAGAAAGGUUGAAAAAAAGAUAACUUUAUUGAACACUGGCAUCCCUAGUUGUUCAUGGAAAUGAAAAAUAUUAGGAAAGCUGGCAUAGAAAUGUUUUAUUUGGACGAAUCCUGGAUGGACAGUAACUCAGUGUGGUAAAUGCUGACAAAAGAACGAUGUGGUUAUUACUGUGUGGGGAAGCAUCUCCAAAAGACUAAUAGAUGAAAGUGUGGAUUCUAAAACAGGAUUCAUUAGACAAGCACAGCUAAAGUUUUGCGCCAAAUCAACCCUGGAAUACUACCGAGGGCAGACGAAUUCGGCUAAUUUUGAAAAAUAGUUGGAUGAGCUUGUGCCUCCAAGUAUUCCUCCCCUGUCCAUAAUAAUCAUGAACAAAGCUCCUUAUCAAAACAGGCAAGUUAACAAACCACCCAUGAAAUGUCAUAGGAAACUGCCAACAAGAGAAGAGAAAAAUAUAAUGAGUACACAACAAGUAAGUGCCACAAAGUAAUUCUUAUGCUGCCAUACAGUUUUGACUUUAGUGUGAAUAAAGCACAACAUUACAAGUGAAAUGUUUCCUGCAAAUAUUUUCAAUCCUGCAGGUGGUUGCUUUCACAUUGUUACUGAGGAGGACUGGAAAGAGUGUUGCAGAAAGGCAUAACAGCUCAAGAAGGAGCACUGGAGACACGGCGAUGUAAUGGAUGUAGCCUUACUGUCAACAUUGUCACUUCAGACACUAGUGACAAGUAUGAGAACACACACACAGGCAAGAAUAAAACUGUUAAGUGUGCCAGAGCUUCAAAGAACUAGAGUUCUUCAUUCUAGUUUUAUUUCUUUGUUCAUGUUUUAAGUUACUAAUGUUUUGUUAAAAUGUGUGCUAUCCAGUGAAUUUCAAAAAACAGUAAGUUGUUUUGUUAGUUGUACUUCUAUCUGCGUCUAACUUCACAUUUAUUUCGACAACUGAUACAUAAUUUUCUUCAAUAAAUGUCUUUCUUUAAUAUGUCAGUACAAACAAUGAUCUCAGUUUCGAUAACAUGAAGUAUUUAAUCGAUCAUUACCUCUGUUUUGUGUGUUGCUGCUUUUGUGGCAGCUCUAAACACAGGUUUGUGCUGACAUAUUGCUUGCUUAUGUUACUCGGAGGCAGAGCUUAUUCCCCACCUGUCUCCACAGCAGACCCUGUGCGCUCUCUCUUCAUCCCUGCUCACUACAUGUCAAGUACAGUUCACGAGCAGUACACAGAUGUAAGCCUCCACACAGAACACUGUUGUAAGUGCAGGAAAAAGCCAAGUAUAAAUUACAGUCGUUCUCAGGCGAGUUAAAAUGUAAAGCUGGGUGCUGGGUGUGGCAGAGGGGUCAUAAAGAAACAAAACCCAGCUGGAUAGCCGAGGCGGAAGUCCUAACUGUCGGGCAGCUGUGCUUAGUAAGAAAGUAAACAGACUCCAGAUUAUAAAGAGACAAAAGAAGCUCUGUGUAGGGGACCUGUGAUAAGCAGUCGAUUUUGAGUAUGAACAGAGGGCACUUUUGGUUAGAGAGAGAAGUGUGGAAGCAGAGAGAGAAAGAAAGAGGGCCCUUGGUGGAGAUAGCACUACAUCAUGAGGAGCCAAUGAGGGCCUCAGGACACAGUGCGUGACCAUAUAGGGAGAGGCACCUCCACCCCUCCACACAGCUUCUGAAGGAAAAUAAUGAAAUUAAUACUUAAAGAAUACCAAACAAGGACAAGUGCACUCACCUGCCAAGCACUGGCAGGAUCGAAGGGGGAAAGCUAACAAAACUCGGGAGCACGCCGCUCUGGGGCUCUCGAGGUUAGGCUCCUGGUAACGACAGUAAUCAGUGUGGAUACCAGCAACUUGGGGUGAGGAACAGGCUGUAGGCAGGCAGCCGGAAGUAGUCGCCGAUGUGUGUUUAGGCAGUGGCCGCGGGACUCUGGUGUAGGGCGCUAAUGUGGGCAGCAGUUUCACUGAAGAGCUACUAUCAGGUAGUCGGAAUGGUGGUAGUUAGUCGCCGUCUCUGUGAAAGACUUGGCCAUUCCGUGGGUACAGUCACCAACACAGUUAGGGUGAUCUGUAUUCUUUCUGAAUAAACUAGAACUUGUGUAAUGUUCAGAAGAGUUUAUUUCCACCCACUUCCUAGCCUUGUAUCUUCACACCAGGGAUUUCAACAUCUUAGCCAGAUCAAAAGUCUCCCUCAAACUAAGGUCAACCGGCUGAAUCCCUUUCAUGAACCGUGUUGCUCAGUCGCCAGCAAACCCCACACUUGGGAUGCAACAUAAAUAAAACUUUUGGUGCCAGGUAUGGGGUACCACAAAGGCACAUAGACAUUUAGGAGGUACGGGACAGUAGAAUUUGCUACACCGACUGUGGCAACCUGCAAGAAGUUGUGGCGGCUUGCAACUUUCAGCGUUAGUAGCCCCACUACGGCAGAGGCCAGAAAUGUAGUCCUCACAGGUGCAGGGCAAUGCAGGACAGUGGCAGAAAGACGCAGAGUGACGAGGCACAGGGGUGCCAUAGCAGCCAGCGGUUUGAGACCGAGGGUCCGGGCAGAGCUGCAGCAGACGCAGAAGCAGCCGUAGCAGCGGCAGCCAAGGCGAGCAAUGGGGUCGGCAAAGUGCAGCAGAGCGGCAGCCGAUGCAUCACAGCAGCAUGGGCACAAAGACAGUGCACAGCAUGGGACAACGUGGAUCAACAGGCCGACGACGCACCACAAGAGAAGCGGUACUUAUAAAUUUUGUAUUAAGAAUAUUGUAGCUUUAAAUUUUGAAUAUAGUUAAGUUGGUAAGAUGCCCCAGACUAACGAAGUUCUGUCGUCCUCUAGUAGCAGUAAAAUGUCAGUUAAGGAAGCAUUGUGUAUUGUGUUGAAAGUGUUCAAAGGGAAUAAAAGGGAUCUCAGAGAAUGUAUUGAGAAUGUGGAUGCGGCAUUUGAGCUUGUAAAGUCAGAGCAACCUGAAACAUUAUUGAAAUUUGUUAAAGGAAAGAUAACUGGUGAGACUAGAUUGAGAUUGCAAAUGCAUGAAUGCACAGGUACAUAGCAAGAAGUGAAAUGUGGUUUAGAAGAAAACUAUGCGAGUAAGCAUGCCAUAGACAAGCGAGACAGGGACAGGGAGAGCCAAUAGCGAUGUGGGCAAGUCGAAUUGACGAAGUGCAGAGAGAUUUUAGGGAGGCAGUAAACAGAGUCACGGCUAGAGAUAAUUUAAAAGGCACAAUAGAACUGGUUGAUUUGCUGUGAAGAGCCUGCUUUAUACACAGUGUAAGCAGUGAUAGAAUCCAAACAAUAGCGAGAAGUAGAGGUGAUGAAAUUACGUUGGCAGCAGGUGUGGAGUUAGCCCUGCCAGAGGAAAGCACAAUACUGUCCAUGAAAGACCGGGGACUAGCCCCGAGGGCAAUCUUUAACUGUGGAAAGGAAACGGUGAAGAAUGCAACAGAGAUUAAAGAAUUGAAAUGUUUCACAUGCCGGUUGAGAGGUCAUAUUGCAAGUAUGUGCAGAAAGAAUACGCCUGAGGGUAGAGUACGGGCAAUGACGGGUAAAGAAUUCACAAACUUUUGCUGUGGGUGCGACAAGCUGGGGCACACAGACACAGAAUAUCGGGUGAGGUUAAGGGAGGUUCAUCCGAUAGAUGUAAGAGACUUCCGAGGAAACCAUAGAGAAACCGAUGGAGGAUUACGGGAGUGGAGAUGUCCACAAUGUAUUUUACCAGGGAACUGUAGAGUCCCAUGUAAAAGGAUGAAAGACGUAGCCUGCUUCAAGUGUAAGUGGCAGGGCCACUAUGCUAAAGAUUGUCAUGAAGGGUCCUGACAUGCCUGGGGAAAAGGCAGAGUGCCAGUAUCUAGUAAAACUGGCAAAGUGGUUCAGGGAAACUAAGAGGCGGCAGUCGAGCCUUGUUGCGAUAGGUAAACCAACAGUUAGGGUAAUCGACUGUGAAACAGAGAAUAAUGUUUUAGUAUUGUAUUGCAUGGAGUUAAAGAGGUAUUUGAAGUUAUUGAUAGACACACAAGCACAGUUGUGUUUGCUCAAGAGAACAAGUAUCCCGAUAAAAAGUGCACUUAGAAUUAAUGAAGCAGAAAGGCUUCGGCUAAAAGGCCAGUGAAGCCAUCAGUACAAUAGGCACAGUACAGACACACUUAAAUGUGAACGGUACAGAAAAAGUAGGACAGAAAUUACACGUGUAUGGGAGAGGAUUAGAUAUUCCAUGUGAUGGAUUGAUGGGCAGAAAUUUAUUGAUAGAGCAUAGAGUCAAGCUAGAUUACACAGGAUUCAGAAGUAGGUGGGGAAAUAGGGCCCCGAGAGGAAGGAAUAAUGUUAUUGAAGGUGGAUGGAAAUGUACCACGGGGAAUCAAAAAAGAGAUGAUUAUUCCAAGGCAGUAGAUUGCACAGGGGGUGCAUGUACCUGGACCUUUAACAAAAGUGUGAAAGGGUAAAUGCAUAGUGAGUGCAUUGAACUUGUCAGAGGACAGAGUUCAGUUAGGAAACAUCAGGUUAGUGACGGAAGAAUUAGAAAGACUCGUAAAAAUAUGCUAAGUAAAAGGUGGCAUGGAUGUCGUAGGAAAGACGGAAAGUCAUGAUAGUGUGUUGCGAAGGCAAUUAAGAGUGGAUCACUUGAAUGCUGAAGAGAAAGGUGCUGUAUAGAGGUUUGCACGGAGUACAGAGAUGUAUUUCAUUUACCAGGUGACAAAUCGUCCCAUACUUCCACAGUGAAAUACAGAAUACCAAUUGCACAUGAACAUGCGGGGAAGGCAGUAAAUGUUAGACCGUAUAGGAUCCCUGAACCACAAAAUGAAGUGCUAAAGGAGCAGAUAGAGCAGAUGUUGAAAGAUGACAUUAUUGUCAAAAGUAAGAGUGCCUGGAACACACUGUUACUAUUGGUUCCUAAGAAGUUCAACACCAGUGGCAAGCAGAAAUGGAGAAUCGUAAUGGACUACAGAUAAUUAAAUGACAUCACUUUAGGCGAUGCAUUUCCACUACCGAAUAUCUCCGAUAUUCUGGACCAAUUAGGGCAAGCUAAGUACUUCUCAACGCUUGACCUCACAAGCGGAUACCAUCAAAUUUUGAUGGAUUAGGAGGACAGAGAGAAAACUGCAUUCAGCUGAAAUUAUCAACAUUACAAAUACAGAAUAAUACCAAUGGGACUGAAGGGAGCCCCAGGAUGUUUCCAGAGACUGAUGAAUGCAGUCUUGGCAGGUUUGCAAGGUGUGAAAUGUUUUGUAUGUUAGAUGACAUAGUACGCUAUGGGAAAAACCUGCAGGAGCAUAACAAAAAGCUCAGGGAAAUAUUUGACGGGUUGCGAGAGCACAAUUUGAUGCUGCACCCUGACAAGUAUGAAUUCCUGAAAAAGGAAGUAAUCUUUGUAGGUCACUGUAUUACUGACAAAGGGAUAUCAAUGGAUAUGGCAAAGGUGGAGAAGGUGAAGUUCUUCCCACAACUGUGAACAACCAAAGAAUUAAAUGGGUUUCUCGGAUUAAUAGGUUAUUACUGCUGUUUCAUUGCAAACUUCAGCAAAAUUUCAAAACCUUUCCAUGAGCUCUUAAAGGAAGGAAUGGAGUACAAAUGGAGAAAAUGACAGAACAAUGCGUUUGAGGAGCUGAAGGAGAAACUGAUAAACUCUCCACUACUUAAGUACCUUGAUUUUACGAAACAAUUUAUCAUCACAAUGAACGCGAGUAACGAAGCCUUGGGCGCCGUGUUAUUGCAAGGAAAAAAGGUUGGUGAAGACUUGCCCAUUUCAUAUGCAUCCAAAGCACAGAACAAGGUAGAAUUGAACUAUAGCACAAUGGAAAAGGAAUUGUUGGAUAUAGUGUACAUGGUAAAACAGUUCAGACCAUAUGUAUAUGACCGAAAGUUUACUGUAAUGACGGACCAUAAACCACUAACGUCGAUAUUUAGUGUCAAAGAUCCGACUUCGAGACUGCUGAAGUGGAAACUGAAGCUCGAAGAAUACAAAUACAAUGUAAUAUACAAACCAGGAAAGCUAAAUAAUAAUGUGGACGCGCUAAGCAGAAUAAGGCAUGAAGGGAAUGAAGAGUUAGAUGCGAAGCAGAGUAUGGAGAUGAGAAGAUCUCUGUAGCACAAGCAAGAGGGGAACAAAAUUACGUAAAGGUGCGGCAAGCACAAGUGUCGGCUGAAAUAGAAGAGGAAAUUAGUCCUGAGGAAAAGGAGAACAUGCUGAAAGAGAUGCAUGAUAAUCCCUUGGGAGGGCACCAGGGAAUGCACAGGACACUAAUAAGAAUGAAGGCUUACAGGCAGUGGCACGGGAUGAAACAGGAUAUUGAAAGUUACAUUCGGAAAUGUCUAUCAUGUAAAAGAGUAAAAACACACAGAUGAAAACAAGGAUGCCCUUAGAGAUUACAGAUACAGCAGAUACAGUAUUUGAAAAAUGCGUGAUGGAUAUAGUCGGUCCUCUAGAUGUAUACAGUACAGGCAAAAGGUACUUGUUAACAUUUUAGGAUGAUUUAAGUAAAUUUACGUUAGCAAUUCCAAUUGAAAAACAAGAUACCAAAACAGUAGCUGAAGCAUUUUUGGAACUCCAUCAGUCUUGUUAACGGAUCAGGGUUCAAAUUUUCUGAGUGACGUUUUUAAAAGUGUGUGUAAAUUGUUGAGGGUAAGCACAUACAUACUACAGCUUAGCACCCAGAAUCAAAUGGUGCACUAGAAAAAGGUCAUAGAAUACUUGUAGAGUAUCUCAGACACUUUGUAACAGGCAAUCAAAAUUCUUGAGACAAAUGGGUGCUGUAUGCAAUUUUUGUGUUCCACACUACACCACACAGCAGCACAGGUUACACACCAUUCAAGCUAUUGUAUGGAAGAAAGGUCAACAUACCAGGAAUACUGCAGCAUGAAACACAACAGUAAGCUACGAUUAUGAAUCGUAUGUAAAUAGGCUAAGAGCGAGAAUGCAGGAAGCCCACGUAGUGGCUGGAGACUCGACGAUUAUAAGGAGUAGGAAAAUCAGUAAAGGACAAUAAGACAUGAUGCAGAAUCAAGAGAAAAAGUAUCCCAGUGUGCAGUGUUACUGCACGAUGAGUCGGUGACACUUGGUAGAUCCCGGAAAUUAGAUUUGCAAUGGAGAGGUCCAUUUGAAGUAUUGAAAGUGGAAGGUCCUAAUGUAGUAAUAAAAAUUAAUAGAAAUAAGAAAACAAAAGUACAUGCCAAUAGGUUGAAACCGUUCUUUUAAAUUUCAGGUAUAACACUCAAGUGGAAAGUUGUGCAACUUAUCAUAGUGGUAGCCACAUACAACAUCACUGCAUCGGAGUAUGCAAUGAAUGAUUUUCAAGUGACACAGUUUCCGAGCUCCUCAGGAUUGUACUAUGAUAACGUAGGACAAGUAGAAAUAUAUAGUACUGCAUGGAGAAAUGUUACGUAUGUGAAUCUAGAUGCAAUAACAGAGAGGUUUCAGAAGGCCGAAAGGUAUGUUAGAACAACGGUACAAAGAUGCCGAGGGACAUUAAAGCAAAUAAAUGUAGGAUUAAUAGAGUGUAGGUUACUAGAUCAACAAGUAACACAUCACAUGGAAAAGAUCACAGGUCUGCAACAAUUAGUACAACAGCUGACCUAACAGAAAACUAGAAGGAAGAGAGGAGUAUUCAACUCUGUUGGAUAAGUAAGAAACAUACUGUUUGGAACAUUAGACAAAGCAGGUACAGCACACUAUAAAGAAAGAAUAGACACUAUGGAGAGAAAUUCAGAAGUGUCACAGAGGUUAACAAAGAAACAAGUGGCAGUGGUAAGGGCCACAUUGGCAGAAGUGAACAGGACAGUGUAUACGUUAGAAUAAAAAGAACAAGUUCUAAAAACAGACAUGCAAAGAUUAGAGCGAUUCAUGAGAGAAUAUGUGAAGGAAACAGACAUGGGUUUUAAAUGUGUAGUGUCCUUUGCCGCAGUGACAGAACAGGUAUUACAAUUAAUGCCAGUGUUUGGUCAAAUUGAGGAAGAAUACGAACAAAUGAUGAACACUAUUGUAAAUGCGAAAAAGGGGAUACUGCAGCCUCACAUCAUUAACCCAGUCCAGAUUGUAAAGUUCUUAAGUUUAAUACAGGAUGAACUAAAAGAUGUAAAGUUUCCUGUUCCUCUAGCUGAAUCCUCAGGUUACCUGUUACUAAGAAUAAUUGAUUUAGAUGUUUUCAUCUCGGGCAGCAUAUUAGGAUAUGUAAUUAACAUUCCCUUGAUAGAUAACAAUAAUUUUAAGCUGUGUAAAGUACUCCGAUUACCUAAAGAGAUCCCAGAGAUGAAAGGGAGUUACAUGUACAUACAGCCAGAAAAAGAAUUCUUACUAAUAGAUGAAUCCAAAUGGCAAUAAGCGAAAUUUUCUGUGGUCAAACUAAAAUGCAAAGAACUAAGUAAGAAUAGGUGACUGUGCAGACAGUCAUUUGCCUUCCUAUUAACAUUUGACCAUGAAGAGUGUGAAGCCAAGUUGGUGCAACUGGUGAGAAACAUUCCAGAAGAUUGUGUGCAAAAAGUGGUCACACUGAAUCAGAGCCUUUGAACACAUCUAAAUACCAGUGAAUGGCUAUAUGUAGCUCCUAAGGAAGAAGGUCUAAUGGUACUAUGUGGAAAGGAACCACCAAAGGACCUAAUAAUGAAAGGGGUAGGAAAAAUAAUUUUUUAUAGUAAAUGUAAGGGAUAUGGAACCAGUGUGUUCAUACAGACAGAGUAAUUCACAGUAAUGUAACAAAGGAAGACAUAAUACUGCAGAUUAAUCUAGAAUUUGAUUGUUGCGUUGUAAAUGAAGAAAAGCGAAAUGUCUCAAUGUUAACAUUAGUUUUACCAUUGGAUCACGUAGUAACGCAGUUGGACAAUUUAAAAAUUGCAGGAAAAAGAUUGGAUGAUAUCCAGAGAAUGGCAGAUAUACAGGAGAAAGAAUUGAACUAUUCCUGGUAUUUCACACACUAUUCCAUAACCACGAACGUGUCGGUAGCAAUAAUUAUCCUUAUUUUAAUAACGUGCUGUUGUAAACUAUGCAGAUAUUGCAAAGGGUGUUUUAGAAGCAUAUGGAAAUAUUUUGAAGAUCAUGAUUGUUGUGAUAAAGUAUGCUUAAGAAAUACCAUUCUGAACCAGUACCCAGAAACUUGUUUUACUAGAAGACAAAGUAAUAAAGGGACUGAAGAUGUAAUAAUUUAUGAAAAGUGUGGAAAAGGCCAAGAAGAGGCAGUCUUGUUCAUAAGCAGACGUUAAAUAACAGUAAAUGAUAAAAAUAUGUAUACCAAAAGUGUAAUUUUAAAACAUUAAAUUAGUUGUCUUAUGAAAUGUGUAAUGUCACUGUAUGAGUGUUUAGUGUUCUUGUUCAUGCUUAAUGAAGUUGCAUUUGCAAUGUAAUUGUAUGUAUCAAUGUUUAAUGAAAACUGGAUGUUAUCCAUGUAUAAUGUAAUUGUUUUUUACCUAAGUUUACCAAGUGUGUAAUGAAAAUAUAACAUGUCAAGAGCUGAUGUAACAAACCAAUGCAAAAUCUGUAAAGCACGUAAUCAAAAGGAAAAUAAAAAAA